AUGUCCAACGAACAGAACCCUGGACUCCUCGGCGGCCUAGGCGAUACCUUGGGCAAGACAGUCGGCGGCGUGACAAAUACAGUAGGCGGCACAGUCGGCGGUCUCGGCUCAACCGUGGGCAACGCAACAUCAGGCCUUGGACAGACCGUGUCAGGCGCAACAGAGGGUGUCGGCAAUACGGCGAAGGGCGCUGGACAGGGCGUACAGAACGGUGUUUCUAGUGUUGGGGGCCAGAAGCAGACAGGGGAUAACCCUCUUGGAUUGAAUAACUAA